UCAGAAACGGUGGAGAAGCGUAUCGAAAACAUAAACACGUAUUUCACCUUCAGCCUGUACAGCAAUGUGUGCCGUAGUCUGUUCGAGAAGCACAAACUCAUGUUCUCCUUCCUGCUGUGUGUGCGAAUCCUCAUGGACAAGGGGCUCAUUCACAUGGAUGAAUGGCGUUUCUUGCUGUCGGGGGGUACAGCGCCCAAUCUGGCUGAGAAUCCAUGUUCAGAGUGGCUGACCGAGCGAGCCUGGAGGGACAUCCAAGCGCUGAAUUUACUAAGCAACUUCAGCAACAUCAAAGAGCAAAUCACCCAAUACGGCGAGGAGUACCGGAGGAUCUGCGACAGCCCCGAGCCACACCGAGCGGGUCUCCCGGGUGGUUUGGAGCAGUCUCUAGGACGCCUUCCAGAAAAUGCUGAUUUUGCGCUGUCUGCGAGGAGACAAAGUGACCAAUGCCAUGCAGGACUAUGUGUGUCACCAGCUGGGACAGAGGUUCAUAGAGCCGCAGACGGCUGACCUGGGCGCAGUAUUCCGCGAUUCCUCUCCUGUAACGUCACUCAUCUUCAUCCUUUCUCCCGGUACCGACCCGGCUGCUGAUCUCUACAAGUUUGCAGAAGAAAUGAGGUUCUCUAAGAAACUUAGUGCCAUAUCUUUGGGUCAGGGACAGGGUCCUCGGGCAGAGGCCAUGAUGAGGAACGCCAUGGAGAGAGGGAAAUGGGUAUUCUUCCAGAACUGCCACCUCGCCCCCAGCUGGAUGCCCUCCCUGGAGAGGCUAAUAGAGAGUAUU